GUUUUUCGUCUUCCUGAGGCGAAUCGAAUCCAGCUCCGGGGCGGUUUCUGUUGUCCGUGCAGUUAACGCACUGGACAGGAGGCCUGUGUAGAACAAGGAAGCCCGGAACUUGCGAAGGGAAAGGACGAAGCUCGAGCUGUCGGACCUGUUCAACGAUCUGGUUACGUUUUGUUUUUAAGCAAAGAUUCAUUGAACCUUAAUUGACAUCAAAGGUCAACGCAGGUGCAUCACCAGUGGAUUAAAAUGGCAGAACAUAAUACUUACGGACACCUCAUGAAGGCAUUCUUUUGCUUUUAAGCAAAGGUGGUUGUAUUUAGGUAUCCUGAAAAAUCGGAAUACAGUUACCUGCAAAGACCUUUUCUUGAAUUACUAAUUGCGUACAGGCAGGCCUGUGAUCUGGGCCAAACAUGUCUACCUCUUCACUACGUCGUCAAAUGAAAAAUAUUGUACAUAAUUAUUCAGAGGCAGAAAUCAAAGUGAGAGAGGCCACAUCAAAUGACCCAUGGGGACCAUCCAGUUCUCUUAUGUCAGAGAUUGCUGAUCUCACCUACAAUGUUGUGGCAUUCUCAGAAAUCAUGAGCAUGAUAUGGAAACGACUUAAUGACCAUGGCAAAAACUGGCGACACGUUUAUAAAGCCAUGACUCUAAUGGAAUAUUUAAUUAAAACUGGUUCAGAACGUGUGGCACAGCAGUGCAAAGAAAACAUAUAUGCUAUACAGACCCUGAAAGAUUUCCAGUAUGUGGAUAGAGAUGGAAAAGACCAGGGAGUUAAUGUCAGAGAGAAGGCGAAACAAUUGGUCUCUUUACUGAAGGAUGAUGAGAGGCUGAAAGAAGAGAGAGCACAUGCCCUUAAGACCAAGGAAAAACUGGCUCAGACAUCAACAUCAUCUUCUGGAUCAUCAACUAUGAACCCAACAACAGAGGCUGAGCAAGCAUGGCCUCAGAGCAGUGGUGAAGAAGAACUUCAGCUUCAACUGGCUCUGGCCAUGAGUAAAGAAGAAGCGGAGCAGGUAAGAGCAAAGCCCCCUGUUGUGGUCGAAGAGGAACUGCAGCUUCAGCUUGCGCUUAGCUUGAGCAAAGAGAAACAUGACAAGGAGGAAAGGAUCAGGCGUGGAGAUGACCUGAGACUCCAAAUGGCCAUUGAAGAAAGUAAGAAAGAAGCACCUUCUACACAGGAAGAGUCUUCCCUAAUGGAUUUAGCUGAUGUUUUCACCUCUCCUGCUUCUGUGGUUGCUGCUUCAGACCCAUGGGAGCCAUCAGGGGCUCCUGCAACAGAUCCAUGGUCUAGCACAGCUACAACUUCCCCAUUACCAGCAGUGACAGACCCAUGGGUUGAACUGCCUGCUGCAGGUGUUACCAGUAGUGAUCCCUGGGCACCAGGUAUCCAGACAAACCCAGCUUCCAAUGACCCUUGGGGAGGAACCUCAGCAGUUUCCUCUGUAGAUGCCAAAUCUGUGUCUGAUCCGUGGAAUCCGGGAGGUGCAACAGCUUCAAGUAAUGAUCCUUGGCCUAAUAGCUCUCCUGUUACACAUUCUGGUAAUCACCAUGCUGAUCCUUGGGCACCUUCUACUUUUUCCGACCCAUGGAGAGGAUCAUCUUUGAAACCAAGUGCAAAUGGAGGUGUGGGCGAAUUAGAUCUCUUGGCUGGAGAAGUUGCUAUAUCUUGUUCUCUGGGAUCCCAGAGCCCAGAUGCCUUUGACAUGGCAGGAGUUCAUGAAGCAUUGCCUGAUUCCUCCAAACCCACUCGAAAAACUCCAGAGUCUUUCCUGGGGCCCAAUGCUGCACUGGUAGAUUUGGACUCUUUGAUCUCCAAGCCUACUGUACAGAACAUGAAAACAUCUAACCCUUUUCUUGUCACAGGUUCCAUCAAUACUACCACGACAAAUCCAUUCCAGCCCACUCAACAAUCUUCUCUUACUUUGAACCAACUUCGUUGUAGCCCUGUGAUGACAUUAGGACAGCCUGUAACACCAGCAAUCCAAACGCCUGCAACUAUUCCAUUUAGUUCUGUGCCUCCCAUUGCUCCUGGAAUCCCUCUAUCAAGUGCAUCACAAGUGGUUGGAUUGCAGUCUGUGACUGGCUUGCCAGUUGCUGCAGUGGCUCCUGGUGUACCUGCAGUCAGUUUGUCUACAAUGAUGCCACAGCAUUUGGUUACAAAGCCACUUGUCCCAAAUUUAUCAACACAAGCUGUAACGCCUACUACUACUAACCCAUUCCUAUUAUAAGUAAAGUCAUAAGAUGAUUUUUAGGUGUGAUAACAGGAGAUAUAAAUCAAGAAUACUAUCUAAUACUACCAGAAAAAGUCCCACAUUAAUGGCGUCUUAUUUACAUGGAAAAACCAAAUGUGUCCCUUAAACGUAACUUUUAUUAGACCCAAAUAACAACAAAAGUAAAACACAAUAUACAGUCUUUGUAAAGGAGGGUAUCCUACCCAAAAACAUCUAAGUUUAACUGCAGGCUUGUCUUAAUAGAUAUCGUCUGAUGUUCUCUGGUGGAAGCAAACAUUACCAAAAAGAAACAAUAUACCAGUGUUCCCCUAAUUCACUGCACAAUUAAUUUUAGCCAGCACCCUAACUUAGUGAAACAUGCAAAACCUCACAGCACGUCAGACAGUAUCUACUAGCAUUCGUUUAUAUUAGUCUUGGGUAUGGUUCCCUUUUUAGGAUAGCUUUUAAGUGUUUAUUGUCAUUAUUAUUCUAUUCUGUUUUUGGAUCUAAUUAAAGUUAUGUAUUCUUUGUCUUCUUUUAGGGGCCCCCACCAUAUUUUUCUCUUAGCAUGGCUAUUAAUCUUUCUGGUCCCACUACAUUCUUUAAAAUAGUGACAGAGCUUCACCUACUACACCUGACCUCAUAUAAACAGCAAGAUUAUUUACCAAGAUCAUUUCUGGUAACAAAUCCUUAUUUACUGUGUGCUUUUUUUUUGUGCUCUCAAAAAGUAUAAUUUUGUCACCCAGGCCAAGAAAGUAAAACCACUGAAAAAGCAGGCCUAACUAUAAAAAUUGCAUAUGCAGAUUGCUGUACAUUCUUUGUACAUUGAUAAUGUCAAUGUAAUUUUCAGUCAUCGUUAUUUCUCAAUAAUAAUUAGCCACAUAUUUAAAUAUAUGCUGGCCAGUUGUUUCCUCCUAGCUUGAGUCACUUUUGAAACUUUAUAGUGCCAUUAUAUAUUUUCUUAUCCGAUAUGCAAAAUAACAUUUGCUUAAACAUAUUUUAAAACAAAAUGGCAUCUACAUUUAACAUCAGAUGUUAUCCAAAAAAAGUCUUAACCAA